CCUUCUAACAUUUCUAAUACAGUGGGGUUCUUAAAACUACAAAGCACAUUUCAUCAGCAAAGCUCAAAAAUAUGUGGACAAAAAUUUUUUUAAUAUCAGAGAAAACAAAUUCAUAUUCAUUUGAAAUAGCAGAUAUUAAUGGUGGAGACAGGUGAGAUGAAAAACAUGUAUAUAACUGUUAACCUUUAGCUUAAGCUCCAAAACUAUAACUUUCUAGGAUUGAAUUACUGUCCCUAGAGUCUCAGAGGAAAAACUGAUAAUAAAGGCUAUUUAAUACAACAAAAAAUUUAAAAAAACCUUCCCUACUGCUCUGCAGUAAGAAAAGAAGCAAGGUGCCAGCCCCAGAAACUAACCAUAUUAGAAAAAUCUCAGUGAGUAUGUGGUGUUAAUAAAAUCUGCUUCAUGGCGAGUUAUUAAAUCUUUCUGAAACAUUAGAAUCAGUAAACAUAAUUAGUAAAAUCUCAUUACCCCCUAGAUCCUGUACAAGUGUGCUAUAUCUAUUACAUCAUUUUACUGAAUUCUACAAUACAUGUAAUUUUAAAGGGAAGGAAAAAUAAAUAAAAAGUAAAUGACAACAUUAAAAAGUGAUUUAAAAUAAAGUUUUCUGCCAUCAAGAACACCAAAAACCACAUAAGAGCAAAAAAGAAGUGGGCUGUAUCACAUCAUGCAUUAGUAAAGUAAUCCAUGACAGCUUAUUUAUAUAAACCCCAGAAAACGGGGGGGGGGGGGGCAGGAGAGGAGAUCUAAAUUACAAAGGUACAUGGUUUCAAUAGAAACAUAGGUCUUAACUACGUAUUAGUAAAAUCAAGAGCAAUUUGAAAGCAGAGAAAAAAAACUUCAAGAAGAGAAUGCACUGAAGGGGUUAAAUUACACCAACUUACACACAAAAGCUUAUACUGCUUACACCCUAUAAAAGCAUGUAAGAAACAUGAAAACCAACAUCUAACACAGAAAACACUUAGAAAGCCUGUACUUAAGAAUAAAGUUAAAAAAAGGAAGUAAGCUGGAAAAAAUAAAAUCAUAACCAUUCAUUUCAUAAUCAUCACAUUUUCAAAUUAUUCACUCAUCACUACACUUGCAUUCAACAUAUAUAAUUUAUCACAUAAAAGCAAAAUCUCUAAGCUUCUCCCUACCUUAGGUUUUUAGUCAAAAUGAAUGCAAACAAUCACGUGGGAUUCAGCCAAGCAGUGACGUUAAAUUCUGCUCUGUCAGAGAGAGCAUCUGUCAAGCCCACAUUUAAACUGCUGCCUGCCUGUGCAGCAGCUGAGGAACCGUGGAUUUCAUAUUAUAGACUAAAACCCCAUUAAAACUGCUCAAAAUCCUUCCUGCAGCUGCCAGGCAACAACGAAAGACGAGAGGUAAAUCCUAUUCUUUUCCAAUACAACUGAAGCACUACAUUUUAGCUCUGGCUGCUUUACAUUGCAGCUCAGUGUUAUUAGUAGAAAUAUGGAUACUGAGACGAGAACACAGCACUGCAUUGUCCAGCCAGGAAAAUAGCAGAUGUAAAAAGCUUCAAUGCAUCAACUGUCGGGAAGAGUCAACAGUGCUACAAGCAGAACGGGCAACUACAGCUCUUUUGUUUAACGAAAAAGAGAAAACGAAAGAAAGGGAAAAUUUCAGAAGACUAGGACCCAUAUGAACAAGGAGGGUAACUCGAAGACAAGCAGACAGAUGGACACUUUGGAUACUGUGAAAAGCAAUCGCAGGAGGCAGACUGUUGGGGGAUGUGCGCAUGUUCGAUAGCAUCUUUUUUGCUGAAGCGAUGGCGUGCCAAAAGUAUUUUCAGUGGGCAUAAUCCUCUUCACAUAAAUGGCCUGACCAAGGAAGAAUGACUACAAGAGAGACAAUGUGACUGAAUUAGAAAAUGAUUGCCAAAGAAUAGUAUUAAGGAGAAGAAAACAUUUUUGGUCACCAAUCUCUCAUAUACCACUACCGGAUAUUUACAACAUGCUUCAGUGGAGGAGAAGACACUGCUGCUUUGCAAAGAUGACCUGGAAUGCCAAAAGGUCUCUGUUCCGCACUCAUCUUAUUGGAGUACUUUCUCUAGUGUUCCUUUUUGCUAUGUUUUUGUUUUUCAAUCAUCAUGACUGGCUGCCAGGCAGAGCUGGAUUCAAAGAAAACCCUGUGACAUACACUUUCCGAGGAUUUCGGUCAACAAAAAGUGAGACAAACCACAGCUCCCUUCGGAACAUUUGGAAAGAAACAGUCCCUCAAACCCUGAGGCCUCAAACAGCAACUAACUCUAAUAACACAGACCUGUCACCACAAGGAGUUACAGGCCUGGAGAAUACACUUAGUGCCAAUGGAAGUAUUUACAAUGAAAAAGGUACUGGAUAUCCAAAUUCUUACCAUUUCAAAUAUAUUAUUAAUGAGCCUGAAAAAUGCCAAGAGAAAAGUCCUUUUUUAAUACUACUAAUAGCUGCAGAGCCUGGACAAAUAGAAGCUAGAAGAGCUAUUCGGCAAACUUGGGGCAAUGAAAGUCUAGCACCUGGUAUUCAAAUCACAAGAAUAUUUUUGUUGGGCUUAAGCAUUAAGCUAAAUGGCUACCUUCAACGUGCAAUACUGGAAGAAAGCAGACAAUAUCAUGAUAUAAUUCAACAGGAAUACUUAGAUACGUACUAUAAUUUGACCAUUAAAACACUAAUGGGCAUGAACUGGGUUGCAACAUACUGUCCACAUAUUCCAUAUGUUAUGAAAACUGACAGUGACAUGUUUGUCAACACUGAAUAUUUAAUCAAUAAGUUACUGAAGCCAGAUCUGCCUCCCAGACAUAACUAUUUCACUGGUUACCUAAUGCGAGGAUAUGCACCCAAUCGAAACAAAGACAGCAAGUGGUACAUGCCACCAGACCUCUACCCAAGUGAGCGUUAUCCUGUCUUCUGUUCUGGAACUGGUUAUGUUUUUUCUGGAGAUCUGGCAGAAAAGAUUUUUAAAGUUUCUUUAGGUAUCCGCCGUUUGCACUUGGAAGAUGUAUAUGUAGGGAUCUGUCUUGCCAAGUUGAGAAUUGAUCCUGUACCCCCUCCCAAUGAGUUUGUGUUCAAUCACUGGCGAGUCUCUUAUUCAAGCUGUAAAUACAGCCACCUAAUUACCUCUCAUCAGUUCCAGCCUAGUGAACUGAUAAAAUACUGGAACCAUUUACAACAAAAUAAGCACAAUGCCUGUGCCAACGCAGCAAAAGAAAAGGCAGGCAGGUAUCGCCACCGUAAACUACAUUAGAAAAGACAAUUUUUUUUCAAAUGUGCAAUUUGUAAAUAUUGCUAAAAGCAUGUAUAGUUAGAACUGAUUACAUCCGUAGGACAAGUUUUAGUUAAAACUCAUCACAAAGAAAUUCAAGAAGUAUUUUUUUAAUUUCUGAAGAAGUUAAUUCUUAAAACUAUAAUAUUAUAUAACAAAAAAGGUUUCCCAAAAGAAUCUAUUUAAAACACUGUAUAAGGAGAUUCUGUGUAUUAACAUGCAAUAACAAGCAUGCAUAAAUCAAUGGUUCAAGUCUUCUGUUAGGGGCCAAUAAAAUGUAUCUGCAUACGUUUUCCACAUAAAUUUUAAUUCAUGAAAUGACAGUCAAAAGAUCCUUCAUUUUAGAUUAAGUUUUUCAUUUUAAUAUAUAAUUUAAUGUAAAUAAAACAUCACUAUCAAUUUUAAGGAAACUUUGUAAUUGUGAAAAGGAUAAAUUUUUUGACCUGACUAUUUUAGGGUUCUAAAUGCAAUAAGAUUUAGUUGAGUUAUUCCACAAACACAUUAUAAAGUUCAGAUGUUUCAUCAAUGCAGUUCUCACGAAAGUAUUUACUUUUUAAAAAUAACUGAGAUAUUAAAUUUCUUUUAUUAAUAUAUGGGGGAAAAUUAUUUUGACAUGACGUGGUAAAAUGUGAAAAACUAAUGUGUCUCAGGCUCAAGUUUUUAUAGUUAUUAAAUGUUUCAAAAUAGACAAGUUUUGUUUCCUCAUUGCUGUUAAGAAACAAACUCCUAUUUCAAUGAGUUAUUUGAUUAGACCAAUUACUGCACUCUUAAACAGCACCACCAUUUAAUUUCAUCUAUAUCUAACUUCGAAUAUAUCUGUAAAGAUAAUCGAAGCAAAAGUAAUCACUUAAAGGCACAAAUAGGAUGUACUGUUGCAAAAGAUAAAGAGUGCAGGUGCAGUUUCAUUCAAUACAUUUUUAAGAUGCAUGUCUGCCAAAAUGCAACAUACGGGAAGUUUAUUUCCUGACAGCAGGGGUACACAUGCCAAUACUUAAUCAUUUUAUGGCACCUAUUUCUUUCUUGGAGUGCCAAGUUUACAAACCUGCAGUUUUUAAUUCGGUAGAUGACAAAUAUUCUGAAUCACCAAUUAAAAACCUCUUUGGGAGGGAUGGGGAAAACUACAAACGUUUGACAAACACAAUCCUAGGAUGAACAAUGUAUACAAUGCACUUUUAUGAAGUUUUUAAAAAUAAAGGAAAACAAAAAACUUUA